GCCGGCUGAGUUCUCAUUUACUGAGCUGACCCUACCAGACCACCAUAAUGAGCGUCGUGUGGAAGUUAAUGACCGUGGUGGUGAUUGCGAUGAGUGGUGUGGGAGCGUCUAACACGACGUGUCGCACGCCCCCCAGCGCCCCCAACUACGUCAACGCUCUGUACGAGGGACACUGGUUCGAGAUGGGCAGGUCUCAGACGCCUGGAGGAGCUGCCUUCCAGGUGGGCUGCAUGUGCGACGUCUCUGACUUCGUGACAGACGAGCCUGUGCAGGGCAACGGCACCAUCUCUUACGUAUGCCGGCGCUUCUCGCCUCUGGCCGACCCUGUCAUUGCCAAUGCUACUCUGGUCGACACCGGCAAUCCCGGCGAAUUCAAGCAGGUUUAUCCAUACCCGAAUUCCAUACCACUCAACUACUACGUGAUUUACAUCGAUGAGGUAUGGACACCACCUUGGUGAGGUAUGAUGAGGUAU